AUGGUGACGUCAGGCCCAGGGCCCGUCCACCUGCUGGAGCUGUGUGACCAGAAGCUCCUGGAGUUCUUCUGCAAUGUGGACAACAAGGACAUGGUGUGGCUGGAGGAAAUCCAGGAGGAGGCGGAGCGCAUGUUCACCAGAGAAUUCAGCAAAGAGCCCGAGUUGAUGCCCAAAACGCCAUCUCAGAAGAACCGACGGAAGAAGAGACGGAUUUCUUCUGUGCAGGAUGAAAACAGAGACCCAGUUCGGAAGAGGUUGUCCCACAGGAAGAGUCGAAGCAGCCAGCGGCACUCUCACCGGCUCCGUAGCAAGGACAAGGUGGACACGCGGGCCACCUUGGUGGGCGAGAACGGCUCUGUGCUGCGGCGGGUGACCCGGGCUGCUGCCGCUGCGACAGCCACCAUGACAUCGGCAGUGCCCUCGCCUGCCCCCGAGUCCCCCACGACGCUGACCGGGAAGCCCAAGAAUGUCCCAGCCCAGUGCCAGCUGGUGCCCAUGGUGCAGAUCGAUACCAGCGAGCGCCUCAGUGCAGAGAAGCGUCUCAGCCAGCUCAAGUUGGCCCAAAUUUCCGCCCUGAGUGCCGCCUCCGUGGGCGCCCAGACCUCCGAUGAGGAGUCCACACCCAAGAAGUCAGACGCUGGGAGACUUGACUCUGUGGCUGUGAGCUCCCUGAUGACCACCCCGCAGGGCCCGGGGGCCAGCACAGGGCGCACCGCAUCCAAGCUCAGGAUCGCACGGGCCUCCCCCUCGCCCCCACGCGACACCCCUUCCUCCACGGGCUCCCCAUGGCAGGAGCGGGUGCUGGCACCCAUCCAGCUGAAUAACUUCUCAGCAGCGGGCUCCCACACCAAACGGCCCCCGGUGCGGCGCAGCCUGAUCGCCCCGGGUGACCAGACCUCACUGGCCGAGAAGUACUCUCUGAUCACCAGUCAGGAGCAGCCCAUCCGCAGGUCCAGCCGAAGGAUCGCAAACAAGGCUACCAAAGAGCCGGCCGCCUCUGGCCGCAUCAUCUGUCACAGUUACCUGGAGAGGCUCCUGAAUGUGGAGGUUCCCCAGAAAGUCAUCCCUGAGCAGAGGGAGCCCAGCAAAGAGACGGAGCCUGUGCUUGCCAUGGAGCUGGAGGUCUCCAAGAACGAAGAGAGGACCAUGGUGCCCCAGGAUGCCACCAAGGUUGCCGUGAGCACAUCCGAUUCACAGUCUGCAACUAGUAGCCAGGACUCACCGUCCAGAGGGCAGCGUGAGGCCAAGACUGACCAGAUAGAUCGGACCGUGGAGCCACCUCAGAGUGCCAGGAGGAAGCGCAGCUACAAGCAGGCGGUGAACGAGCUGGGUGACGAGCAAAACCUGGACGAUGAGCAGCUGCAGCCCCCCAUGAGCAAGACCCCCUCCCCGCCCUGCCCGCCUAACAAGGUGGUGCGCCCCUUGCGGACCUUCCUGCACACCGUGCAGAGGAACCAGAUGCUCAUGACCCCGACGUCCACGUCACGCAGCAGCAUCAUGAAGUCCUUCAUCAAGCGAAACACUCCCCUGCGUGUGGACCCCAAGUGCAGCUUUGUCGAGAAGGAGCGGCAACGCCUGGAGAACCUGCGGAAGAAGGAGGAGGCGGAACAGCUCCGCAGGCAGAGGGUGGAGGAGGACAAGCGGCGGCGGCUGGAGGAGUUGAAGCUGAAACGUGAGGAGCGCCUCCGCAAAGUGCUGCAGGCCCGGGAGCGGGUGGAGCAGAUGAAAGAGGAGAAGAAGAAGCAGAUCGAGCAGAAGUUUGCCCAAAUCGACGAGAAGACCGAGAAGGCUAAGGAGGAGCGGCUGGCAGAGGAGAAGGCCAAGAAGAAGGCGGCCGCCAAGAAAAUGGAGGAGAUGGAGGCACGCAGGAAGCAGGAGGAGGAGGCACGGAGGCUCCGGUGGCUCCAGCAGGAGGAGGAGGAGCGACGGCACCAAGAACUACUUCAGAAAAAGAAGGAGGAAGAACAGGAGCGCCUGCGAAAGGCGGCUGAGGCCAAGAGGCUGGCGGAGCAGCGUGAACAGGAGCGGAGGGAGCAGGAGAGGCAGCUGGCCGAGCAGAAGCGCCGGGAGCUGGAGCGCAAGAAGGAGGUGGAGCGACUCCAGGCUGAGAGGGAGGCUCAUGAGAAGGAGAAGGCACUGCGGCUUCAGAGGGAGCUGGAGGAGAAGAAGCUCAAGGAAGAACAGCAGCGCCUGGCUGAGCAGUGGCUGCAGGAGGAGCAGGAGAAGAAAACCAAGGAGGCGGAGGCGGAGGCGGAGGCGGCCAGCAAAGGGCCAAACGUGACCAUGGACGUGGAGUCUCCAGUUUGUACCUCUUAUCAAAUGACUCCACAAGGGCGCAGGACGCCCCCCCAGAUCAACCCGGACGACUAUGGCUUGGACCUGAACAGCGAUGACUCCACAGAUGACGAGUCCCACCCUCGGAAGCCCAUCCCUGCUUGGGCCCGCGGCACCCAGCUCAGCCGCGCCGUCAUCUACCAGUACUACAACCCCCCGAACCUUCUGGAGCUCUUUGGGGCCAGUAUCAAUCUCACAAUGGACUUGGAGGACGUCUUCAAGAAGAGCAAGCCUCGCUACCACAAACGCACCAGCUCUGCCUUGUGGAACUCGCCGCCCCUGCAGGGCCCCAGGGUCCCUGGCAGCCUGGCCUACAACUUGAAGAAGUGCUGA